CUACUCAUGUUUAUCACUUCCUACAUUCUUAAUACACUAAUUGUCAUUGCUUUCUACUCUCUUACUUGUAAUUGUUUUUAUCUCCUCUCUCAUAUCUCCCCCUCUAUAGUAUUGUAAGGAACCAAGAAAAGGAUAACAGAAUGCAGAAGUUGGUGGUGAAAUUGGAUAUCCAAGAUGAUAAUAACAAGCAAAAUGCUAUAAAAUUGGUCUCUUCUAUUCCUGGGAUUGAUUCAAUCUCAAUGAAUAUGAAUGAAAAGAAAUUGACAGUAAUAGGUGACAUGGAUCCUCUGGCAGUGGUGAAGAAAUUGAGGAAAAACUAUUACACUGACAUUGUCACAGUUGGGCCAGCAAAAGAGCCCGAAAAGCCCAAGAAUCCUGAGGAGCCCAAUACUGUGGUCCAAGUGUCUGACUUUAUACAUGCUAUGCAGGCCCAUAACUCCUAUACUAACUCUUACUACAAUUAUCCCCUUUACUCAAGAUACAAUGGUUAUGCAAGAAGCGUUGAAGAAGAUCCAAAUGGUUGUGUUAUUUGUUAAUUGAAGUAUUACUACAAAAAAGAAGAAAAAAAAAAUAUUAUUCAUAUUGGAUUAGUUAAAUUGUCUACUUAUUCCGUUAGGUGUAAAGCUUAAGUUCAUGUGUGAUUAGAGAUAGGGUUGAGUAGUAUAGUUCAUAGUUGUACUAUUGAAUAUUAUAAUAGCCAAUCAAUGUUAAAUUGUAAGAGAUUUUUGUACCAUCAGAAGUUUUGGAAUUUUUGGGACUAAGGCUUUGUUCUUGUUGUUUGUAUCAUCAGAAGUACUGGAAAUUUUGUUUU